AUCAUUUCAUUCAUCAACAUUUCAGACGAUCGGUAUGACGGAUUAGGUAAGCAGAUUGAUUCUUCCGUCCGAGCGAUUUCAGGUUUCAACCUUUUCCUACCUCGUCUCUCGCCAGUUGAUCGAUCAUCCAUCACAUCAUGUCGACAUCUGCGCCGAAAAGAAAGCUCAGGCCAGCUCGGAAGCAGGUAGCCCCAGGCGAAAUUGACAAGUCGGAGGGUCCUCAACCAGGAAAAGAGUACAACGUUUGGUAUAACAAGUGGGCGGGAGGUGACAAAGAAGAUGCUCUGGCAAACAAAACGCUUUCUCAGUCUCGCUGUGUGAUCGUGAGGGAUGCUGGAUAUACUCGAGCCGAUGCGACGGGCAACAAGUAUUGUUGCCUCUUUUUCGCGAGAGGAUGUUGCCCAUACGGACACGAGUGCAAUUUUUUGCAUCGUCUUCCCUUGCCAUCUCAUCAACUGCCAGACAACUCGAGGGACUGUUUUGGAAGGGAAAAGCACGCGGAUUAUCGAGAUGAUAUGGGUGGUGUGGGAUCUUUCAACCGAGUCAACCGGACAUUAUACAUCGCCAAGAUGGGAGAGAGUCCAGAUAAGAAUCAGACGAAAGAGACGUUACUGAGACAUUUUGGCGAGUGGGGAAAGAUUGUCAAAUGGAACAUUCUCUACAAUCGAGGAAUCGCUUUCGUAACGUACGAGUCGGAACACAGCGCUUCCUUCGCGAAAGAGGCGAUGGCGAACCAGAGUAUGGACAUGGACGAGAUUCUGAACGUCAGGUGGGCCACGGAGGAUCCUAAUCCCGGAGAGAAGGAUGCAGAAGAUGCGAGAAUCAAAGAGCUGGGAGAGAAGGCAAUUGCGGGCAUGCUGGAUGAAGACCUGGUCGAGGCUGCUCAGACUUUGAGAGCACUAGAAGAUGGCGAUGUGGAGGACUUUUAUCCUAUUGAAGCGUCAGUGCCGGUGGAAUCCCCAGCUUCCGCAAGACCCGCAAAGAGGAUACGGAAUGCGAUGGCCGAGGGAAUCUUCAGCGCCGACACUAUGGACAACUUGCGGUUUUAUGCGGAAAUGACGAGGAAACAGGCGGAAGAGGAUCGUCUCAAGGAGAGAAAAGUCCCGCCAAAGCCCGCGGUGACGUCGUUGCUGGGAGGUUACGGUAGUGAUGAGGAAAGCGAUUAG